AUGGUUUUCAACAAUACGUUGCUGAGGGUAUUUCUUUGGAUGAUAUGUGUACUCCCGUAUGAGUGUAUUGUGGAAGAUAAAAAGCUUGAGGCCUGCUAUGGCGAUGGCUGGCAAUUACUGCCGUCGUGUGACUUUGAAGAACUUGUUUAUCCGCACCACAUAUUUUUCGGUGCCAAGGAUCCAAACAGUUGUCCUGCGGUACUGCAUAAAAACGAGACGAAUUCUAACCUAACAGAUCUGUGUUGCCGGAUUGAUCAGUAUAACACGUGUGGAGGGUUAGUAAAUAUUUCAAAUUAUAGAACGUACAAGGAUUAUUUUGGGAACUGUAUUGGAGAGGUCCAAUGUACAGACGUACCAAUAGAGCGAACACAGAGCUCAGCUUUUUCCAGUACCUGUAAUCCACAGUUCCAUGAAAACACAACACUAGUUACUAUGAUUUAUCAAUGUGUUAAAGGUGUAAGAAAUAUAUUUAACACGGACAUCAUCACAAAUCAUUCGGAUAUUCAUUUGAAAGGACAGGAAUAUAGCAACCCAAUACUGCAAAGAAGAUCAGACUGCAAUAAUGUUGAUGACGUCAUUCAGUGUUCAGUAGAGGCCAAGGGUUGUGAUGAUGAGAUUGACGUGCAAGCGUGGGACCUGAGGCUGGAAUGUGGACAGGAGUUGUGGUUUUGCAAUUUAAAUGAAACCGUCAAACUAACAUGCAACAAUAACACAGGGAUUCAGAAAACUGACAUGUACCAGAGUUUGUCUAAUUACGUCAUUGUGACGUUCAAAAACAGCCUGUCGCGUGAUGGUGGAUUCUUCUGGUUUGUCUUUAACCCUGUUCCAGUAAAUUCCUCCUUAACAGUAAGCUGUCCUGUAAAGAAACCAAGCUGUCCCCGAUCGUCCAGUUGUCAGACACUUCGGAGACGGACCUGUCUUUCUGAUGACACUGAGGAUGACAACAUUUUAUUUAUAAUUGCUGGAGCUGUUGGGUGUGUAAUCUUAUUCAUCAUCAUUGUGGUUGUUAUACUUAUCGUGAUAAAGUGGAAACAUCGACAGAGAAAGAAGAUCGAUCCGAAUGUAAAUAAUUAUUUAAUAAAUAAAAAAAAACCAUUAAAAAACUGA